ACUCGCCACGUGGUAAAAUCUUUCUGCAACGCGUAUCCAAGUUAGCACGAACGCGCAGAUUCAUGAACAAGCCUUCCAAAGUUGAAUCUAUCUCGGGGUGAGCCAUGGCGACUCGGCUGGCAAGAGCAGUUUCAUCGUCGAUAUUUCUGAAAUCAACGGCUGAGAUCUCUAGGCGGCAUGGACGGUGGGCGUACUCUUCAUCGUCUAAGACGGAGAAGAAUUUGAAGAUGAGAGAACGUCUGUCAGGUUUAAUUGACGCCGUCAAUGACCGUAAACUCCCUCCUGAACUCCGUGGCCAGCGUAACUCCAUCAGAUCAGAAACAGAGAUAAUAAAUGUUGUGGAGCAAAGAAUAUGGCAUUCAAUGGAAGAAGGGCAGUUCGAGAAAUUACCGGGAAAAGGUAAACCACUUAAUCUUGGUAACAAUCCACAUGCUGACCCAGCAGAGGAUACCUUGUAUCGAAUCCUCUCUAAAAACAGAUGUGCACCAGAAUGGGUUGAACUUAACAAGGAAAUAAGGAGUCUAGUAUCCGCAUGGCGAGUAGCCCUCAAGAAAGCAUGGGCAAUUAAGGGCAAAGGUGAUCACACUGAAUGGGUUGAAUCAGUUGAUGCAUUGCAGAAGCAAUUGCGUUAUAUUAAUAAUAAGGUUUUCAGGUAUAACCUAAUCGUGCCGUUUGGUCGCCAGAUGUUUGGUUUGAAGUGGGAGAAAGAAUUAGCUCGCAUUGAGGAAUGAUUUGUAUUCCUUUGUAAUAGUAGCAGGUUAGAAUCAAUUGUUGUAAAACAACAAUCAUCUCUCUGUCUAAUUUACUACGGUAGACUACUCUUUUUUUUUUUUAAAUAAUUAGAGACCCACCUAUAUUUAUUUCUUAGAUAGAUAAAACUGAGAUACAGUGACCAGACUUAUAAUCACUGUAUCAAGUUAGUAAAAAUUACAUAAACGCAAUAAAAAUUCGAAUUCAAAUCUUUACUUUAAAA